UCCGCGAGCCGCGCCUGGGACGGGGCUGGCUGACUUCAGCCCAGGAAAAAAAACAUCAUGUAAAAGAAGAUUUAAACACAUCAAGUGCGAUCUCCCUGUUGUAUUGCCCGGUGAUCUUCUGCUGAGAGCGAGGAAGGAGUAGAGAAGCCAGGGACGUGACAGUGUGGAUCUCGCGAAAGGUAAAAGAUCCACCACUGGGACCCCCAGUUCAGACCUCCACGACCGUGGCAGACAGUUAUAUCAUGCAGGUGAAUGAGGGCCCCAGCAGUCUCCCUAUUUUCGUGGCUCCUGUCAAUGGAAAUGCUCAGCGGUCAUCAGGAUACGUUCCAGGCAGGAUUGUUCCAGUUCGUUCUCCACCCCCAACCAAGGCUCCCCCACCGCCCCCACUGAAGUCCCAGUCCACGCCCCCUGCACGGCCUUCGGUUUUUAAUCUGACAGAAGAUGAGAGCAGGAGAGAACGUGCCCAGAACCGACAGAGGAAGAACACUUACAUCUGUGUUGGCGUUUCCUUCGGGCUUUUCUUCCUUGUUCUCAUUCUCAUCCUCGGUCUUACCUCCAAAGAUGUUUUGGAUGAGAACUGCCCCCAUCACAAUCCUGCAUUGCAGUCCUGGAAGCCAGGUCAUGAUCCCAACAAGGUAGUGGUGGUACAUAGUGGUCAGCAUUUUUGCCUCGCAUCAUCCGCCACUUUGCACUCUAUCACCAUCAAGUCUGGAGGAUCCAUUGUCUUUGCGGACGAUAACGCUGGCUCCAAAAACCUUACAUUAAGGACACGUCACAUUUUGAUCGAAGAUGGUGGCGCUUUUCAUAUCGGUGCUCCAAAAUGCCGCUACCGCUCCCUGGCCACAAUCACUCUGGUUGGCCGAUCUGACGAGACUUCUGUCACAGAGGUUCCUGGGAUGGGGCGGAAAUUUUUAGGCGUGCGUGGCGGAGGAACUUUGGAGCUUCAUGGAUCAGAGAGGCUAUCUUGGACCCUCCUCACUCGCACCGUUCCCUCUUCUGGUUUGGCUACAGGUGGCCAUGCCUUUCACAAGAACUUUAGUCGUGGGAUUAACCUGCGGGUGGUUGACCAGGAUACGUCGGAAGUGCUGUUUACCGGCCGCUUUGAUACGCAUGAUUCUGUUAACGAUAGCAAAAGGCUGAGUACGCUGCUGAAGGAUUUGCCUCCAGGACGCAUUGUUGCUCUUGCCAUCGGAGAUUCAGCAGUUAAGAGCCUGUUGGAUGAGACCAAGAGUACUAUUCAGGAUCGUCUAGGGAGCACUCAUGUCAAUGACCUCAAAUACAGGCAGGCCUGGGCCUUGGUCUCUGUGAUUGGUGGAGGAAAUGGUUCUUGUACUGAGGACGUACGAGAACAUGAGAACCACGACACCGGUGGCAAGGCGCUGGCUCGCCGUGACUUCAUUACUGUUGAUGGUGUUCGUUUUACGGUCACUGCGUAUAGCGAGUGGCGAAAUGGUUACCCCGCAUCAGGCUUCCUGGUGGAUGCAACAGAUAAAGUGGUUCUGAACCUUCUAGAUUAUGACAGCAGAUGGAAACCGGGCGAUAGGGUUGUGGUGGCCAGCACAGAUUAUUCCAUGCAUCAGGCUGAAGAGUUUACCCUGCUCCCUUGUCCGCACUGUAAUAGGAAGCAGGUCCGAAUUCAAGGAAAGCCGCAGUUCACCCACAUAGGAGAGAUAGUGGAUGGCGUGGACAUGCGUGCAGAGGUGGCACUGCUCUCAAGGAAUAUCCUCAUUCACGGAGAAAUGGAAAAGGCUUGCUACGGAAAAAACUGGUGCCAGUAUUUCAGCCACGACACAUUCGGGGGACACAUCAAGAUUUCAGGGAACCUCUCUUCAGUGCACCUGUCUCAUAUAGAGUUAAAGCACAUGGGUCAGCAGCGGGAAAAGGGCAGAUACCCUGUGAACUUUCAUAGGUGUGGAGAUGUGGACCAGCGUGGAGGUGACAGUAAACCUUCAUACGUGGACUCAUUGUCCAUUCAUCACUCCUUCUCUCGAUGUGUCGGUAUUCAAGCCACCAACGGCGUGCUGGUUAGGGACACGGUUGGCUAUGAUACACUGGGACAUUGUUUUUUCCUGGAGGACGGGAUUGAACAAAGGAAUGUAUUUUUCCAUAACCUGGGCUUGUUGACCAGGCCAGGAACCAUUCUGCCUACCGACCGUAAUGAUAGCAUGUGUACUGAAAUUAGUGAAAGAGUACACAAGGGCUAUGUGCCGUCUCCUGCAACUGAGUGCAAGGCGGUAUCUACAUUCUGGAUCUCACAUCCCAAUAAUCAUCUAAUCAGUAACUCUGCUGCUGGCUCACAGGAUGCAGGAAUCUGGUAUAUUUUUCAUAAUUCCUCUACGGGUGAUUCUCAUGGGCUGGUACCAGAGACUAAAGCUGAGCUCACGCCUCUGGGCUUCGUCUUUAACAACCGUGUUCAUUCCAACUUUAAGGCUGGCCUCUUUAUCGACAGAAAAGUCAAAAGCACAAAUGCCACCGCAGCGGACCCCCGUGAAUACCUCUGUUUGGACAACAGCGCCAGGUUCAGGCCUCAUGAGAACGCUGAUCCAAACAGGCCACGGGUGGCUGCUCUCAUCGACACUCUCAUCUCCUUUAAGAACAAUGAUCUUGGGGCCUGGAUCCGAGGAGGUGACAUCAUCAUACGAAACUCAGGAUUUGCAGACAAUGGUGUAGGACUCUCAUUUGCAAGUGAUGGCAGCUACCCUAAAGAUGAGGGCUCCAGUCAGGAGGUUUCCCAGUCUCUGUUUGUCGGUGAGAGCAGAAAUCGUGGCACCAAUGGUGGGCAAAAUAAAUACUGGGGCAUUGGUGGUGUCGACGGGAAGAUGAGGACUCUACCCAGAAACAAGACAUUUCCGAUUCGAGGUUUUCAGAUAAAUGAUGGUCCAGUAAGGAUCUUAAACUGCACGUUCCGGGCCUUCAGCACCACAACAGAACGCUUCACUACGGCUGUGGGGUUCAGCCUGAAAAAUAUUUGGCAGCUGUCACCCAGAAAUAACCUGUCCAAACUCGCCUUCCAUCCCUCUGUGACUCUAAGAGCAUUUUUUGGACAACCGGGGGAGUGGUUCGAGCAGAAUGACCUGGACGGUGAUAAAAAUUCCAUCUUUCAUGAUGUGGACGGUUCUAUCAGCAAUUACAGAGAUACAUACGUAGGGAGGGCUGAUAACUUCCUCAUCCGUCAUCCUCAAUGUGUGGACGUUCCUCGCUGGAAUGGGGUCGUAUGCAGUGGCAAGUACUCUCAGGUCUACAUACAGACGCAGGGCGCGUCUAACCUCAGCCUAACUAUCAGAAGAGACGAGUACCAUGAUAGGCCUAUGGUGCUGAGGGGCAUUCGAAGCCAGACGUCACCGUCCCAGCAAUACCAGCCUGUUCUGAUGAUGAGCAAGAGCUACACGGUUCACUGGAACGGUCCUGCUCCCAGAGAAACAGUCCUGUCGCUUAUUAAUUUUGACAAAGGUGACUGGGCUCUUCUCGGCCUCUGCUAUGCCAAUGAAACAGUUUUCCAGAUAACGUCAGACAUCUACAACAAGCAGAACAAUGGCUUCGAGAGCAUUGAGGACUACGGCCCAGUGUCAUCUAUGGCAGACCUAGAGAAACGUCAGCUGGAGAGAAAGUACUUUUUCGACAAAUCCGUUGGUUUGUUAUGGCUGUACGCUCAAGCUAAGCACAGACGUGAUGGCCACAGCUACUGCUCUUUCGCAGGCUGCGAGAGACUGAAGAUCAUAGCUACCAUACGUCCCGCCCAAAAAACACAAACCUGCAACUGCACCACCAAUGCCUACCCCAAAUACAGCAAGACUGCCAGCACCAUAGUGCCAAUGCCAAAGCCAAACACAGAGCCCUGCGGAGCCUGUGGGGCCUCACGGUUGGUCUUCUCCAGCGAUCCGUGGAACAGCUACCUCCAAUCUCAGAUCAAAUCCCUCAGCUUAAAAGAAGAACAGAGUAAUGACACGCAAGCUUUUAUUACUGUGAAUGCAGACCGAUUUGACCUUAAUCAGUCAGGUUUCCUUUUGGUUACGGUGGACGCAUGCUCUGGACGAGUGACAAAGAGCUCAUUGUUUACCACGAUGGACUCUAAGAUGGAACAGUAUUUGAAAACUGGAAUUACGAAGAGGUCGAUUGUUCUUAUCGCCACAAGAGGUCAGCCUGCUAACAUUGCUGGUGUUGCACAAUAUCUGCUCCUUUUGGGAUCUGUUAAAGUGCCAGAUCUUCAGAACAAAGAGGCCAUUUCUGUUUUUGGGUUCCUCGGCAAGGGAGAUCCUUCGCCACAGCCAUGGGCCGCUGUGUUGGCAUGCCAGAGUGGAGAGACGCUGGGCUUACAGGAAAGUUUCAUUCCCCUGUCUCUGGAGGAAUACUCUUGUCCACCUCAAAAAGUCCCUCACACACGGUUGGAUGUAGAACUCCUGAGAAAAUCUCUAAGCCAACAGUGAGCCUUUACUGGAUGUGAACAAACAACACAAGCAACAAAUGAAUGUGAACUAAUGAACUUAAUUUAUUUUGGCAACGAAAAGGGUUAAUGGCGUUUGUGCAAGUAUUUUAAGGGAGUGAAUGUACUGUAUGUGUGUCUGUUUGUUUUUGUUGUAUGGUCAUAAAUGUUACAGCACAAAGUGAUGCACUUUCUUAAUACACAGCGAAACACAACUUUAUUCCAAACUAGAUAAAACCACAUCAGAAAACAUCACAACCUUCUGUUAGUAUACAUUACCAUCAAUGAAGCACUGUCUUCAAUUUAUCGUUAAAACACACAAUUUAUCGAAACAUAUCCACACAGACUUUCUCUAUUUUAUUUAUUCCUCAUGAUUUACUAGGUUGUGCCAUUGAAAUAUUAUUUUGGAAGGGUUUCUACAGUCAGGUCUUAUUCUCAGUGUUUAUGUUUUUACAUGAAGCAUUAACUACAAAACAACAUUUUUUUCAUAAAUUAUAGAUCAUUGUUUGUUAGUUAACCACUUAAAUUGGAUGUAUUUGCAAAUGACAAACUAAUUACCAUUUUACAGGGGUUUUUACACCAAAGAUUGGUUUGGUAGAUUAAAAUAAUGUUUGUAGUGCUAUCACAGCUUGAGUGAUGUAACGUCCCAUAUGAAAUGCAACGUUCCCAUAAUUAUUUAAGAUCCUGAAUUGUCCUUGUAGAGAUUAAUUAGGUAGGCUAUUUUAACCACUGUGAAAUAGUUAGAGAAAAAGAUUUGUCGUCUUUCAGUGUUCCACUUUAAUGUACACAGGUCUUUUUUCUCUUUUGUUUUUUGUAAAAUGCAAAAUUCUCGUUUUGUAUUAGCUAAGCUUUUGUGCUGUAAUUUGAUCAGAUAUGAUAUUACAAGACGUAUAAAACAAUGACUCGUGUCAUUCUUAUAUGUGUAUCUCGCUCUCUCCGGAAGUAACCACUAGGGGGCAAACACGCUUAACAGGUAGGCAACGGCUUGCGGUCUCGUGGCCUUAUGGGCUACACAUAACAAUUCUUUUUACCAGUACCUUUCCCCUGUGACAUGUGACAACUGUCAAAAUCCGACCCAUGCCAAUUAAACUUAACGCCACGAAUUAGCUGCCACGUGAGAGGAACAUAGACGUCGACAUUCCGUCCAGUUGGAUGCGAGACCCCAUCAAUCAUACAUGAGGCCAAUGCACUAGUACCAUUCUUUCGUCUUGCUUAACUCUGUUUGUUUUUGUGUUCUUUAAUUUGUUCUUAAUUAAUUACUUUUAGCUGCUAUAGCCUACAUUCAGCGUUGAAUGGUUUGUUAGCUGAGCAGAUCUCUAUUAAUAUCUCAACUUUUGUGGAGAAACGGAGAUUUUCUGUUUGUUGUCGAGGAAUGUUGUGUGUUAACAAAGAGAUGAAUUAUCGAUCGUGUUGUUUUAUUAGCGUUUUGUUUUCGUCAGGCACACGAGGGAACUCUAAAUGCGGAGGCAGUUCCCGCCGUUUCCACGCGCGGUCAUAUUGUCAUGACGAUUAACUUCUGUCACGCUGCUCCCGGUGUUCACAGCUCACGUAGGGCGCGCUUGGCUGAGCGUUGGGCUGACACGAGCGAAACGUUAAAAGGCAGCUCACUCCUACUCAGAUGCUACCAGUGAACCGUAUUAAAAACUCUAAUGGUCGGUUUCAUCAGAAGUCUGAAAACGACAGAACAAGUAAUUGCUGUUGUCGCAGUGUAUUGGAAAAAUGUUUUUGCUCUAGCCUCUAUGGUUCUAGCUGUCUAACAUACAAACAAACAUAUUUAACAUAGUUUGUUUACCCGAAUGUUUUGACUCAAAAACAGACUUGCUGCGUAUUUCUUAAAAAACUAAAAAUCUUUUGAUAAUGGCAACAAAAUAUUCUUUCAUUGAAGUGAUUAUUUAUAGUAAUGCAUUGGCCUUUUACUCGAAAGCUCUUGUCUGGUGAUUGUGAGUACCCUUAAAAACUGGUGUAAGUUUUUGUCUGAUUGAUUCACAGUGUGUUCACAGGGGGGCAUUUACGCGGCUGAAAACGGCAGGGGCUCGACUGAAAACGCCCGCCGCAGGCGCAGGAAAAACGCAUAGAACCACGUUGAAAUGUUGAAAACAGUUGAAAAAACACACAAGCAUUAAAUUCCAAGUCGUUUGACUAUAAAUGUGCUGUUAAUGCUGCGUUCAAGACGCAUCGGAAGUGGGAUAUUUCCCACCACAAACGCAGAAGUAACGUCUGGAUAUACUAACAUUAAAAGUUAGUAACAUUCAAACAUUAAUGUUACUAAUGAUUAAGUAGCAUUAAAAGUGUCUGUUAAGAAUAAAAGGGUACCGUUCCAUGAAUUUAUUUUCGGGUUGAUCGUGAGAAAGAUCGAAUUUACAAGAGCAUUCAAAGACCGCAUAAUUUAUUAAUCCUCAGGCCAUCCAAAUUGUAGGCUUCUUCAGUGGAACAGUAAAGAUUUUAACUUAAAUUGUGGUCCUUGGAUGUCCUUAGGUGACACAUAGGUAAUCCUAGCAGCUCCUAUAUGUAUCUUAUGUAAGGAAUAGUUCACAGUAUGACAAGAUUAUAUAAUUUGUCAUAUUUUAUAUAUAUAUAUAUAUAUAUACAUACAUUUAUAUAUAAGUAUAAUUUAUUUACCCUCAUCUAGGAUGUCAUGACUUUCUUAAAUUGAACACAGUCACAGGCAUUCCUGUCUUGCAUUUCUUUGAAUUACAAUUCACUAAUUUCCCUUUUCUUGUCAUUCCAAUUUAACAUUAUUCGGGUUCAUUUCAUAGUCAAGUUUAUGAUUUGAAAGUUAGCCAGUCCUUUUUUGCAGACUGUGUCACACAUUUUGUUGCAACCUUCUAAGAUAUUUCUUCACGGUUCAGGCAUGGGGUUGUUAAUAAUUUAAUGAAUCAGAAAGUGACAUACAGUAGGGGUAUGCUACUAUGGCAACAUCCUCCCCCCACGGAGGUGGCACUUAGUGGGGUAGUGUAAAUGUCGACUGUGUCUAAUGUCAAUGGGGGUUUAUUAAAUACACCAAACAGUAUAACGUUGGUCUGCUAGUUUUUAUCAUUUAGAUAACACAACAAAAACUGGGUCAUCUCAAUGAUCCUUCUGAAGAAUGUAGACAUUUCUAACUUUAUAAGGUUUCUUUGUUUUGAUUGUUGGUACAAAGCUUAUUGAACAAACGAACAGGAGGGUAGUAAAGUGUUUUCUUUAGCGACUUCGCACAUUUCUGCACCAUAUAAGUAACAUGUCAAAGAAGUGUCAUAAUCUUCUUUUCCUUUCCAAGGCUGGCAUGUCAAAAUCCUUUUCAAGGCUUAGAAAAGAUGAUAUUACAUGGUGGCUUCUAUAGUAUAUGUUAGACAGUUUUUGUUUGUAUGUCAAACUUAAAGGCAAAGUUCACCCUAAAAUUCUCAUAUCAGUUACUCACUUCCAAACCUGUAUGACUUACUUUCCUCUUAAAGUUCUUUUGAGAAUUUUUUUUGUGGUUUUGUGUACAAACAAUGGAACUCAAUGGUAUUCAAUGUUGUUUGGUUACUGGUGUUUUUUAAAAUAUCUUUUGUGUCCUGCAGAAUAAUGCAAGUCAUUGCAGCUUUAUGAUGACAUGAAGGUGAAUUAAUGAUGAAGAAAUGUAAUUUUUUGUGAAAUAUCCCUUUAACCAGACAACUCUACAGAUUAACAUCUUGCAUUUUUCUAAUGGAAUAAAGUGAUGGGUCAUUAGUGACAA